AUGAAUAGUGAUCAAGCUGAACAACGAAUGGGUGCUUUGUACAGUGUGCCUUGUCCUUGUUGCAACAUCUCUCUAGAGUUAGUUUGUUAUUCUUCCGGGCUUCAUAAGAUAUUGCCUACUCAGCCAGAUCGCCCUGCUAUGGUUCCGAUAGCAGUGGCUCCAGCUCCAGCUCCAGCUCCAGCUCCAGCUCCAGCUCCAGCUCCAGCUCCUGUUCCCCUCCCGACUUCAACUUUUGCUUCUACCAACAUUCCCAAUUCAAGUAGAAAUCUGGCUUCAGCUUCUGAUUCUUUCCAUUCAUCAACACUUAAUCGUCCUAUUUCUCAUCAUAGCUUCACAUCUCCUGGUCCUCAUUUGAAAAGUGCCAUAGCGAACUUCGAGAAAAUACGUUUGCCAAGUGAAGAGAAUUCAAAAUUCAAUCAUUCUUAUGAUUCAAGGAAGAGUAAUUAUCAAUGUCGUGAUGGUAACAGAAGUAAAAGAAAUGAUACGGGCUGGGGAGCUGAGAAAGUCGACUGGCCGACCAGCGGAAAUGUCAGAGUUGAUUCUAGAAAAGGAGAUGCUCGCGAUAAUAGAACAUAUGAAAAAGUGUCAGUACCCACAGCAGAAACCAUUUGGGAAAGUACUAAGUGUGAGCAGUAUAAGUUUGAUGGAGGUUGUCGUUUACUCAACGAUAAAGAGAACUUUCCGGAUGGAUUCGAAGUAUAUGAUAAACGUAUUGAACGAAGUCGCUCUUGCAAUGAAGUUGAUAGAGAAAACCCAGAAACAGCUUCAAAGAGUUCUGUGAGUCGAUGUAAUUCGUGUUUAUCCGACGCUGAUUUAUCGGGUGUCACUGAGAAUUCGGUAGAGUCUUGGUAUGCUUCAUUCAAGAAGCAAAGCGCAGAUUGUGAAUGGGAUCGAGGAUUUGUUAUAGCUUUCCAUAAGACUUCUAAGAAUCAUUUCAUCGGAAUAGAGUUGUUGACUGUUCGGAAAGGGCGUCUGUGUAUUCCGCUUGCACUCUCCGAGUUAAAUGACCUGAAGAAAAGCUUUGUAUACAAAUACAGAUUUCUUCAAGACGAAGGGUUCGAGGUCAAACCCGAUAUCCCACAAUAUUCUUUCUUGAACGAGCUGGUGGUUUUACCUCAAAAUCAAAUAUCUGUUGUGGUUCCCGGUCUUGUGUCCUACAGUAACUAUUCUCUAGAGGAAAUGAAAGCUCGUAAAGAGAAGCUUCACGUUUGGAGCGACAGUGUAGGUUUUUUGAACUUUUCUGUAGAUGCUAUAGAAUAUUGGAACUCGAAGAACAAUUCCUCAAUAUUUGAACCACUUUCAAUGGUCUCGUUAAGUUUAAUGUCGAAAUGGCAGAGGGAUUGCAUGACCGAUGACAAAGCAAGCAAUCCAGAGUGGGAUGUUAUUAAUGUAGAACCUUUGGAAAAUUCGAAGAUGAAACGUCACUUGGAAGCAUGUUAUCCUAAAGAAGUUUUCCGAUUUGAUGACUUCAAGGUAAUUCGAAGGAACGAUAAGAAAUUUUCAAAUGUACUAGAGUCGAAAUCAUUCCCCUACUUAACUGUCUCUGCCCAUCCGUCCCAGUGCUUGAUGGACAUUGAUCGAGUAAAAAUUGGAGAUGUCCUCACGGCUAUCGUUGCUCCUCGUUUUGGCUCAAAUGAGGUAGUGUGGCAAGCUUUAAUUGUUGGGCAAAUAGAGAGAAUUGUUUCUGCUACCAAUGAUAAUAUAAGCUUCUUUGCGCCAAAAAAUAAUAUCCCCAUCAAGAAAGUUAACUCAAGGAUCAUUGAAUACGUGAAGAAUUUUUGA